AUGACGACCUCAACAGAUUUCUUCAAUCCGGUCGCGGCUUUCAUUGCCCUCCGCGAGACUCUAGAGGCCGGCAUCAUCAUCGCCGUGCUCUUGGGCUUCAUCGAGCAGAUCAUCCCUUCGCUCCCGCUCGGCAGUCUGCCCAACGCUGGUAGCUCGCGCACAGAACUCCUCCCCAGUGCUGCGGCGGACCAAGGCGAGGCGACCUACUCGACCUUUAGCGCGCGCCGGAACUCGGAGCGCGCUCCUGCCGUGCCGCCUCAACUCCUCUCACCCAACCUGAGUCCGGCGCACUCUAACCGGGCCCUCGACUCUGGCUUUGAGCUGUCGGAUGACGAAGGUCACGAGCAUUCCAGCCAUCAGUUUGGACCGUACAACCGCGAACAGGUGGUGCGGAGCCUCAAGGCGCAGGUAUGGAGUGGCGCACUCCUUGGCCUGGCUGCGGCGGCCGUCGUGGGUGGUAUCUUCCUCUAUGUCUUUUACACUUUUGCACACGACCUUUGGCAAGAUGCCGAGAACCUCUGGGAGGGCAUCUGGUGUGGCAUCGCCUCCAUCAUCAUCCUCGUCAUGGGUCUCGCCUUCCUCCGUCUUCCUCACGCACGCAUGAAGUGGCGCCUAAAGUUGCUCCAGGCAGUCGAGGGAGCUGCCGGUGUUGACCAAAAGUCGUCAUCAACCCGUCGACGCCAACGCAAGAUGGGUGCGCGGGCAGCUCGCGGCUGGAUCCUCUUCGGCCUUCCUUUUAUCACCGUUCUUCGUGAGGGUUUGGAGGGUGUCGUCUUCCUCGGCGGCAUCGGCCUGACCGGCUCCCCGCUCUCAAUCUUCACUGGCGCGCUCGCUGGCUUCCUGAUCGGCGGCGUCCUCGCCGUUACCCUCUUCACUCGCUCCGAGUCGAUGUCACUCCAGCGCUUCACGACCUUCUCCUCCGUCAUCCUCUUCCUGAUGGGCGCUGGUCUGGCCAGCCGCUCCGCGUACGGGCUAGAGCGCCAGUACUUCAUCAACUAUGUCGGUGCAGCGGCGGCCGAGGGUGGCGACGGGCCCGGUUCAUUCCGCGUGGCUCACAACAUCUGGAAGCUCUGGGGUGCCAAUCCUGAGCCUGGGCACCAGGGCUACAGCGGCUUCUGGCAGCUUGCCCAGAGCCUGGUCGGAUGGAACAACGUCGGUACCUACUGGACUGUCGGCGUGUAUGAGGUGUACUGGUUCAUCAUCAUUGGCACCCUCAUCCGCAUGAAGUACAACGAGGGCCGAGCGGAGAUCUGCGGCCGCCGCUCUGAGAGAGGAUGGGAGCUCGAGUAUGCCCGCCGUCGUGUGGAGCGUGAGGAGGGCGAGGAGGAGGGUCUCCUCCCGCCUCAUGCCGAGGGCUCGGGUUCACGCUUGAGCACCGACGAGUAG